AGAGCUGAUAACAAUGGUGACCGACGUGCAACUGGCCAUCUUUGCCAACAUGCUUGGCGUGUCGCUGUUCUUGCUGGUAGUCUUGUACCACUACGUGGCCGUCAACAACCCCAAGAAGCAGGACUAGAAGCCGACCUGGAGCGAUAUUGAAUCGGCACCAGGAAACAUUCCCUCCCCAGCCUAAAAAUGAAUUCCCAAAGACUGUGCAGUAGUUUGUGUAAAUAAAAUACACACAUGCAGUACU